UUUAUCUCGAAUAUUCUUCUAUUAUAAUCUAUGGCCAUAAUGUUACAUGGUUGUUAUCAUUUCCACGUUUAUUCUAUACCGUGCAUUGGGAUAUGCUUUACGAAAAAAAAGAAAAAUAUAACACUACGAAAUAUCGUAGGAAGAAAUAUUGAAACCGAAACUCUAUUGUAAUCCAACAGUCUCGCGUUUCUACACACUAUUUUGUGAGUGUGAAAGGAACAUACACGCAGCUACGAAAAUUAACGGAGAAAAAAAUUAUACUAAAAAAGAGCCGCCUUUAUAAGAGAAAUGCUGAUCUAUAUAUUAUUCACGAUAACAGAAUUAUUUAGUUCGAGAAUGACGUUCGAAAAGCAAAAGAGAUGACGAUUGUUGAAUAAAUGAAAAAUAUGUAUUAAUGUAUAAAAACAAACCUGUAUAUUUCAUUCGUAGUUGUGCUAUGAUUGCAUGAAAUUCAACGCAAAGGAACUCUUCACACACGAUGCUGAUUUGUAGGUUGUCUUUUGUUUAUUUGUUUGCCUCGAUAGAUAUUGCUGCAUCUUUAUCACUGGUGGAAAUCGAUGAUUCGAGUAUAUCGCUAAGAAAUUUUCCGACAUUUGAGAAUGUACAGUCAUGUGCGGAAAGGAUGUGAUGAAAAAAGAAACUUCCAAUUUCAACCAUUUCCUGCGUUCUACAGGUUGUUCACUCCUGAAUUGUGCGAAAAGCGCUGCUUGCAUACGCACCAACGCACCCAAUAAUACAUAGUCAAAACAGUGUUUGAUAAAAUAAUGGCGGUUAAAGCGCGUUUGUGGAUUACAUACAAAAAUAAAAUAAACAUUUCGUAGGUAACUAUAACGAGGUCCGGAAAAAAAACUCCUUCUCUAUUGAAUCGAAAUUUUUGAAGUUUCGUUUUUGAUGGUUUCAACGGCAGUCACGAUAUAUUCAUCACGAACGUUUGAUCGUACAUGCAAAUGCGAGAAACAUUUUUCCAGGAUAAUCGAGGAAUUAUUGAAAAAACAUAAUAGCACUUUUUGCGCACGACUGUACGCGGGAAAGAUGAUAAAACAACGCUUGAAUCCGCACUCCCUCGUAUUCCUAUCUUGCAUUCCAAGUAGCUCCGACGUGUUUUGUUCAGUGUCGUGUGAAAGCAGUUAAAGAUCAGUGUCUGGUAAGCAACGGACGAUUCCAGUGAAAAACAAGAGUGCAAGGAGAAUUUGGUGAAUGUAAAAAAAAACAGUAAUACAAUAAAAUCAAGAGCCGGCCGCUUAAAUAGCAUUGAGAAAGCAAAUCAGCGGUAUCAUUUCCGAAUGGUUCGUUGUCGUCUUCGCCGUUGGUGGUCAGUCUACCCGUGUUGUGCUUACCGACCGGGUCGCCGAGAGUUUGCUCACCAAUUUCGAACGCGAGAGAAUGGAGGAAAGUUCGGUUGGGCAGGGGGAAUGAUCUUGAAAUAGACGAUAAGAAAAGGGUGAAAGAGUACGCCAUGACGUCACUGGGGAAGUUGAUUUACAUGGACACGCACUCGCGGUAUCCAAAUAAUUCCACAAGCGCGGAUGACGCGGCGACGAUUGAUUCGUCCGAGACACUUUCCCUCGCGUUUGAAAAUUUAUUUUACAUGCCAUUCGACAUUAUCGAGAAUUAUGGAAGUACGAUUCACACGCUGGAUCUUAGUCACAAUAAAUUUUGUAGGAAUCUUCAGUUUUUAGCCGAAUUCGAGAAUCUUACCUCCCUUAAUUUGGAUCACAAUAGCAUCGACUCAUUCACGUGUUUACCGCACAUGCCAAAAUUACAGUUGCUUUGGUUGAAUCACAACAACAUCGUUGAUUUGUUUCCGUUUGUGAAAAAUUUGUACGAGAGUGUUCCUAAUCUUCGUUAUCUCUGUCUCAUGGGAAACAAGGCUGCACCAAGUUAUCUCAACGGAGGAACGUUUUACGAUUAUCUACAGUACAGGUUAUUCGUAAUUUCUUGGUUUCCACGGCUGAUACAUCUCGACGACCGAGAAGUGACCCGAGAGCAGAGAAUCGAGGCAAAGAGACUCUUCAAGCGGCCAAUUUUCGAGAACUUUGCCGAAAACGCACCAUUGCCCGAAUGCCUCAAGUUGAUACACGCUAAAAUAACAAAUUUCUUUUCCAAGCCUGUUAUGCCGGACAGAGUGAAAAUACAAACGCCGAAUCUUGUCGUAUGAAACAGUAUUAUCAGGUUGAUCAUGUAACUUAGAAAAGUUUCCGAAAAUUCAGCCUCCUCGGUACAGCUAAAUUGGCGGAGAAAUUUUUCCUGCUCACUUUUAUCCGCGGGAUUAUUCAAAACGGAUAAAACGACACGUCAAAAGAGCGGAGGCAUCGAGCAGCGUGUAAAAAUCAUAAACCAUGGAGCAAGUGACAAAGUUUUUUUAACAAUCGACGAGCUUUUGUGAAGCAGCAGAGCCAUCCAAAUUUUCGAAAGGAUUUGCGUACCAAAUUCGGUACUUUGGUGCCAUUUUAAGUUUUUAUUAGGUUUAAAGAAACCAGGAAAAGGAAGUUUACAAAUUUCUUUCCUCAAUGAAAAUUCCCACAAUUUGUGACUUGGUCACUCGAAAUGUGCGAUAUUUACAAUUUUUUUAAGUAUUUUGCAUUUAUCUAGAAAAUUCCGUAAAACGAGUGAAUAUUUCGUGAUUAUUUUGUAGAAUUCGGAGGAACGAAAUGGGAGCGAAAGUGAGUGUAAAAUAUUUUUUCUCGUGUUCCAUUCAAUUUUUCAAUCACUCACUUUCUAUUCCCUCGUUUAAUCAUGUGAUACGACUGGCAAAACGCAGCUCUUCCGAGGCAUAGAAGAUCGGUAAUGGAAUAAAUAUAACUACAUUUUAAAACAGUCAACAAAUUUAUACCAGUUUUAUAUUGAGCAACACUUAUCGUCAAGUUUUAUAUCAUUUUUUUCAGUAAUAAUACUCUUUAUUUUGUAUAAUGUAUAUUUGUAGAAAGUGUUAAAGAAAAGAUGAUUGUUAACAAGAAAUAAUGAUUGCGAAUAAAACAAUCAAAAAGUCUAUCAACAGA